AUGGCCGACGCAGCAAAACAAAAGAAGCGCUUGCCCUUCAAGCCAACCGCCUUGCGUCAAAAAUCCGCUCCGAAGCCUGCCGUGAAGAGCGACGAUGAAGACAACGAUGACGGCUCCAGUCUUUUCAACCGCGGCGCCAGCGUCUUCGAGCAGGAACAGGAAGAGCGGCGCAUGAAGCGCAAGCAGACCGAGAGAGAACGAAGCAUACAGGAGCAGUCUUCAGUCGACGAGAAAAAAUUCUCCCCUCGAACAAGUGAAGACCCUUUCCAGGGAAAGAGCUACCACGACAGAGAUGUAGAUACAACACCGCCCUCCAAACGAUCCCGCACAAGCGACGAAUCCCCCGAGUCAAGAAUCAAGUCAUCGCCUUCCAAACGCGCCGCCACCGAGACGCCAUCCAAGCGCAUGACCCGCGCUGCGCACUCCCGAACGCCGCGUAAGCAGGAACCUGUGCCGUUGAAGCCCGUCAUCUCCAUCGACGAUAGCGACGACGAUGAAGACGACAUCUACGACGCCUCCCCCGUUCGCAAACCCAUCCGCGAGACCUUGGAACGCGACCCCACGCCGCUAGUCAUCGAUGAGGACGACGACGACCCGUUCGAAAUCGAUGACCCCGCUGCGGCGGAUGACGAGGACGACGAUAUGGCAGCGUACGUCCGAGCGGCCAAGGAAAAAGCCGAGAGAAAGGCUCGAGAACAAAGUGCAGAAGCGAAGCACACCGUCAUCGUCUUCGUACACUCCGAGAUCCCCGGUGUCGACCCAAAGCAGUUCCGCUUUCCUCUCACAAAACCGAUCCGCGUUCUACGCAAGGCCUGGAUGGAUUUCCACAGCCGCCGUAUAAACCUCACGGAUACAGAAAUAUCGGAGGUCUUCCUCACCUGGCGCGGCCACAAGCUCUACGACUUGUCCACCCUGGACAGCCUCGAUCUCCCUGGCGAGUACCGCAAGUGCAAGGGUCAGCCGGAAGGAUUCAAAGACGACGACUGGAAGAAUGUCAUCAUGGAAAUUUGGACCCCGGCUCUGUGGGAGGAGCACGAGAAGCAGCUCGAAAGGCAGCGGAGGCACGAUCUCGGGGAGUUCUCCGAAGAUGAGGGGGGAGAUGAUCAGGCAGAAGUGGUUGAGGCCGAGCCGGAGGAGAAGAAGAUCAAGGUCCUCCUCAAGACCAAGACGGAUGAGCCACUCAAGACUUCCGUGCGUCCGUCCACGUCCAUCGCCACGAUAGCGGAGCUCUUCCGCAAGAUGAGGGGACUACCGGAAGAUGCACCUAUAAGACUCAUGUUCGAUGGCGACGAGCUGGACGAGGACAUGACGGUGGCCGACGCCGACAUUGACGAUUUGGAUACGAUUGAGGUGUACCUUAGGUAA